AUGGACGCAGGAUCCGAACUCACCUUCGUCACGGAGAAUCUCAUCCGGCACCUCAACAUCCCUUGUCACUCAAGUAUUGUCUACUCAAGUAUUGUCGUCACUGGAAUUACAGGCAAGCAGUGUACUCGGACACGAGGAGUCGUGCCACUCACGCUACGCUCGACACCUUCCAACUCAACUGCCACAAUUCAAGUUCAUGUCCUCCGGACAGUUACAUCAAUCUUACCAUCUUUCGAGGCGGAACCGGAAGAAUGGCCGCAUCUCAGGACCUUGGCAUUAACCGAUCCUGAUUUUCUCAUCCCGCGGCCAGUUGACAUCCUCAUCGGCGCAGACGCUUACGGGCAAAUCAUCAAGCCCAAUAUCAUUCGGCAUUCUCCACUCAUACCGAUAGCGCAACUCUCCAUUUUCGGAUGGCUCGUUCUUGGACCAGUCAAUAGGGAAGCAACACGCACGUCAACGCAGCAUGCUGCUACUCAAUUCAACGAGGAUGCUCUUAUUGAGUUAUUGACGAAAUUUUGGAAUCAAGAGGAGGUGCCUACUCACGAUGUCACUCAGCUCACUCCUGACGAGCAGAGGUGCGAGAAGCACUUCAAUACUACACACUCUCGUGAUUCUUCAGAGAGGUACAUCGACAGGAUUCUACUCAAUUCACCAGACGAUCUUUUGGGUGAUUCUUACAACGUCGCUCAUCAAUGUCUGAAGGGAUUACGCAGACGAUUCUCAAGGGAUGUGAAUUAUCAACGUCUCUAUCAACAAUUCAUGAUUGAUUACGAGACACUCAACCACAUUACGAAGGCAUCAUUCAUCUCCAGUCAUCGCUCACAUUUUCACCUGACACAUCACGGUGUUCUCAAGCCGGCCAGUAUUACAAACUGCGGGUGGUUUUCAAUGGCUCUAGCGCAUCCACAUCAGGCUACUCGGUCAACUACCUCAUGUACACUGGAGCAAAGCUACAUCUGA